AUGACACGGAAGAGUCAUGAAAAUGAAGAUAAUAAAGGCAUAAAAAGGAAAUGUUGGAAAGCCAAACUUGAACAGCAAUCUAUCGAGAAGGGAAGAACUUCAAAAAGAAAUGAAGUCAUGAUAAAAAGAAAAAGAAUUACUUCCGGUUUCAAGUUUACAAAAGAAUUUGAAAAAGUUUAG